CCUUUCAAUUACCAGAAAACUUUUUCUGGAAUCCUUGGCAAAAAUUUCAUCAACCGGGACAAUGGAAGUCUGGAUUAAUUGAUUCCUGGGACAGAAAGAACCAAGAUUCUCCCAUCGCCAAUCUACUCCAGACUAUGAUAGUGUUCGAUGAAUUUGGUCGGCCGCAUAAGCCAAGAGGAAUCGACCCAUCGAAAAAAGCAUCAGUCAAAAUUGCUGAAUUGGAUCACCAUAUAUUACCAAAUCGAGGUCCAUUUAUUCACCAUAGAAGGAGAAAGAGGAAUUUUCUUUCAAACGCAAGACUCUGGGAGCAGAAUAUUGUUCCAUAUGAAAUUCAGCCUGGGUUGUCGGCAAGCAUGCGAGAAAAAAUUAACGAAUCAAUUAAAGCAUUCGAAGACCUAACCUGUGUCAGAAUAGUCCCUCGUUCCCAAGCGAGGAAUCUUCCUCACAAUUCCUACGUAUAUUUUGUUAAUGGACAAGGAUGUUCUUCAUAUAUCGGGCGACAGUUCGAUGGGCAGCAACCUAUAACUCUUCAGGAAGGCUCAUGUGCAUAUACUAAAGUAGUCAUUCAUGAGUUGAUGCAUGCGAUUGGCCAGAUGCACGAACAGCAGAGAACAGAUCGAGACAACUACAUAGAAAUACUCUAUGACAAUGUGCCAGCCAAUCAGAGAAGAAAUUUUGACAAAGAGGAUACACUUGAUAGAACGCCGUACGAUGUGGAGUCUAUUCUGCAGUAUCCUCUUACGUCAUUUGCGCUGAAUCCUGGUCGACCUACGAUGAAGUUAAAGGAUCCCAGAUUAGAGGCUCUCGUAGACACUGCACAGACCUUUACACAUAAUGAUCUCAAAGAGAUCACGCUGGCUUACCAGUGUGCUGCUGAAUGUCAGAAUGCUCCAGUUUGUGAAAAUGCCGGAUUUGUUGCUCACAACUGCCGCUGUAUGUGUCCAGCAGAUCUGACUGGAGUUACCUGUAAUCAGGUCUCGACAGACACAGGUUGCGGUGGAGUUAUAGAAUUAUCGUCAGGAGAGAGUCAAACCAUUCGAUCCCCAAACUACCCAAAUGCAGUGCCUGUAGAUAGGGAAUGUGUAUGGCUUGUUAAGGCAAGGGGUCCUUCAAAUUCUAAUAUUAGACUGACCAUUCAGGAAUUAGAGCUGGCCAUGGACUCCAGAAACACUAAUUGCUAUCACUGGCUAGAAAUACGUUAUCAUUUGCCAGGACAGACAGGAAUUAAACAAUGUAACACUGAACAAGCCAAUCAACAAAUAACCACAACUAAUGAUGGCGAGAGAAACAUCAUGAUUCUGAAGUUUGACAGCAAACUGUCCAGAGACAGAAGGUCUUCUCAAAACCAUAAAUUCAGUUUGCAAGUUGAAGCUGUUGGGGGUACUUUGGUUUCCAAUCCUUGUAAUCCUAAUCCUUGUAAAAAUUCCGGAACUUGUGCCGUUACUGGUUCAAAUUAUGAGUGUACCUGUCCUUCCGGUUGGACAGGAACUACUUGUGACGUAAAGACACAGUCUUGCCAGCCUAAUCCUUGCCAAAAUGGCGGAACAUGUAACAUUAUCGGAAACAGUAUUACUUGCGUCUGCCGACCACAAUUUGUUGGUCCUAAUUGUGAAACGUUACAACCUUUUCUGUUGCCGGAAAACUUUGUUUGGUUUGCCUGGGAUAUCUUUGAGCGAAACCCAUCCCUCUGGAAGCCAGAUCUGAUCGACUCUUGGGACCGAAGUUCCCAAGACAGUCCUGUUGCUAUUCUUCUUCAGACCAUGUUGGUCUAUGACUCGAAUGGGAGACCUCAUAAGCCGUUUGGGAUCAAUCCAACUCUAAAAGAGAGUGUAAAAAUUGCAGAAAAUGAUCAUCAUUAUUUCAAACCGUCAAGUCAAUGGGGAAGAAGAAAAAGAAACUUUCUGCAGAAUGCAAGACUAUGGGAGCAAAACACUGUACCGUAUGAGGUGCAAUCUGGGUUCAGCGCACAAAUGCAGAAUGCCAUUACUGAAGCUGUUCAAAUAUAUAACGACUUGACUUGCGUGAGGUUUGUCCCCAGAAAUCAAGCCUCUGGACUGCCGCAUGCUUCUUAUCUCUACUUGACAAGAGGUAUGAACAAUCAAGGUUGCGCAUCGUUUGUUGGUCGGCAAUAUGACGGGAAGCAAGAUCUGACACUGCAGGAUCCUAUGUGUUCGCAGACGAGGACCGUUGUGCACGAGUUUAUGCACGCUAUAGGACAAAUGCACGAGCAACAACGGUCGGAUCGGGACAAUUACAUAGAGAUCCUCUUCUCCAAUAUUCCAAGCCACCAACAUCAUAACUUCGACAAGACCAGGCCCACCUUUGACAGGACCCCUUAUGACGUCGAGUCAUUAAUGCAGUAUUCGUUGUCGGCCUUUUCAACCAAUCAAAACUCACCUUCCAUGAAGCUUAAGGAUCCGAGGCUGGAAUCUAUUGUGGACAGCUCACAAACGCUCACCUUCUACGACGUCAAAGAAAUCACCACAGCUUACCAAUGCAAUGCUAACUGCCAAAAUUCCCCGACUUGCCAGAAUAGUGGAUUUGUAGCGCAUAAUUGUGUUUGUAUGUGUCCCCCAGAAUUGACCGGAAGUACAUGCGAUCAAGUUGAAACUGACGCAGACUGUGGUGGUAUCAUCAAUCUAUCUGCUGGACAACAACAGCUGAUAGAGUCCCCCAACUACCCCAGUACAUACAACGUAGAUAAGGAGUGUGUGUGGAUGAUCAGGGGCCCUAGUACCUCCAACAUUAAAUUGACUAUAGAGAAGCUGGACCUGGCCCUGAACUCGGCGACGUCCAGCUGCUACCAUUGGCUAGAGAUCAGAUAUAACCUCAUUGGUCAGACAGGGAUCAAGCAGUGUAACAGUCUUACUAACCAGCAAUACACGACAACCAACGAUGGCGAGAAAAACAUCAUGCUCCUUAAAUUUGACAGCAGAUUUUCCAAAGAUCGACCUGCACCUCAAAAUGGCGGAUUCAAACUAAAAGUGGAGGCACUUGGGGGAUCAACAACAACAGACCCUUGCAACCCAAAUCCUUGUCAGAAUUCCGGAACUUGUACCGCAUCUGGUUCAUCUUAUACAUGCAAUUGUCAACCCGGUUGGUCCGGCACAAACUGUGACUUAGCCUCCCAAACCUGCCAACCUAAUCCUUGUCAAAAUGGUGGUACAUGUUACGUGUAUGGGGGAAGUUACAGCUGCCAGUGCCCACCGUCCUAUGGAGGGGCAAACUGUGAAAGUAAGGAAAAACUACGAAACAUCAAUGACUCGAGCGUCAAAAAAGAACUUUAA